UGAAGGUGAAGGUCCGCUCAUCUACGCCAGCAUUCGCUGUCAAUGGCUUUCAGGACUUAUUUUAUUUGAAUGUCUGGGCUUUUUACACUUUCGUCCAAAGAAACCAAUAAUGGAUAUUCUAUGGAUUUUAUGGAUAAUACCCACCGUUAUAGCUGUAGAAGAGACACUAAUGGACUCCACCACAGCGACAGCUGAGUUGGGCUGGACAGUCUAUCCUGUGUCAGGGUCCAGUGACAACAGCUGGGAGGAGGUGAGUGGAUACGAUGAGAACAUGAACACCAUUCGCACCUACCAGGUGUGCAACGUGUUCGACAACAACCAGAACAACUGGGUCCGCACCAAGUACAUUCGGCGCCGGGGUGCACAGCGGAUUCAUGUGGAAAUGAAGUUCUCUGUGCGAGACUGCAGCUCCAUCCCCAACGUGCCCGGCUCCUGUAAAGAGACUUUUAACCUGUACUACUAUGAGUCAGACACGGACACGGCCAACAAGGUGUCCCCGCCAUGGAUGGAGAACCCCUGGAUCAAGGUGGACACCAUCGCGGCCGAUGAGAGCUUCUCCCAGGUGGACCUGGGCGGCCGGGUGAUGAAGAUCAACACAGAGGUGCGGAGCUUCGGCCCCGUGUCCAAACACGGAUUCUACCUGGCCUUCCAGGACUACGGCGGCUGCAUGUCGCUCAUCGCCGUGCGCGUCUUCUACAGGAAGUGUUCCCGCGUCAUCCAGAACGGAGCCAUGUUUCAGGAGACUCUGUCUGGGGCGGAGAGCACCUCUCUGGUGGCAGCGCGGGGUGUGUGUAUCCCCAACGGCGAGGAGGUGGACGUGCCCAUCAAACUGUACUGCAACGGGGAUGGGGAGUGGAUGGUGCCCAUCGGGCGCUGCAUGUGCAAGGCUGGCCAUGAGGCUGUAGAGAACGGGACUGUGUGUAGAGCUUGUCCAUCGGGCUUCUUCAAGCCUAUACAGGGUGAUGUAUCCUGCAUGCAGUGUCCAAUCAACAGCCGCACCACCAACGAAGGAGCCACUAACUGUGUGUGCCGCAAUGGUUACUAUCGCUCAGACUCAGAUCCCUUCCAGAUGCCCUGCACAACGGUGCCGUCGGCUCCUCAGAACGUUCUGUCUAUCGUGAACGAGACAUCUCUGAUGCUGGAGUGGCAGCCUCCUAGGGAGUCGGGGGGUCGUGAGGAUGUGGUCUUCAACAUCAUCUGUAAGAGCUGUGGAGGGGGCCGGGGAGGCUGCACACGAUGUGGGGACAACGUACAGUUUGUACCCCGCCAGCUGGGUCUGACAGAGCCCCGUGUUUACAUCAGUGACCUGCUGGCCCACACACAGUACACCUUCGAAGUGCAGGCCGUCAAUGGGGUCUCCGAGCAGAGCCCCUACUCACCACAGUACUCCUCCGUUAACAUCACAACCAACCAGGCUGCUCCAUCGACAGUGUCCAUUAUGCACCAGGUCAGUCGUACCGUGGACAGCAUCACUCUGUCCUGGUCUCAACCAGACCAGCCCAAUGGAGUCAUUCUGGACUAUGAACUGCAGUACUAUGAGAAGGACCAGACCGAGUACAACUCAACCAUCAUAAAGAGCCAGACCAACACAGUGGUCAUCCGCGGUCUCAAACCAGGCGCGAUCUAUGUGUUCCUGGUUCGUGCCCGGACUGUGGCCGGAUUUGGCCGCUACAGCGGCAAGCUCUACUUCCAAACCAUGACUGAAGAGGAGUACAACACCAGCAUUCAGGAGAAGCUGCCUCUCAUUAUCGGCUCUGCAGCUGCAGGUCUGGUCUUCCUCAUCGCAGUGGUUGUCAUCGUCAUCGUCUGCAACCGGCGUGGCUUUGAGAGGGCAGACUCAGAGUACACAGACAAGCUGCAGCACUACACCAGCGGCCACAUGACUCCAGGAAUGAAGAUAUAUAUCGAUCCGUUUACAUAUGAGGACCCCAACGAGGCUGUGAGGGAGUUUGCUAAGGAGAUUGACAUCUCCUGUGUGAAGAUUGAGCAAGUCAUUGGUGCAGGAGAGUUCGGGGAGGUGUGCAGUGGGAACCUGAGGCUCCCAGGCAAGAGGGAGAUGUUUGUGGCCAUCAAGACGCUGAAGUCGGGCUACACAGAGAAGCAGAGGCGGGACUUCCUGUCUGAGGCGUCCAUCAUGGGUCAGUUUGACCACCCCAAUGUGAUCCACCUGGAGGGUGUGGUCACCAAGAGCACCCCCGUCAUGAUCAUCACUGAGUUUAUGGAGAAUGGAUCACUGGACUCCUUCCUCAGACAAAACGACGGUCAGUUCACAGUGAUCCAGCUGGUGGGUAUGCUGCGUGGCAUCGCCUCUGGCAUGAAGUACCUGGCCGACAUGAACUACGUCCACCGCGACCUGGCCGCACGCAACAUCCUGGUCAACAGCAACUUGGUCUGCAAGGUGUCCGACUUUGGCCUGUCCCGUUUCCUGGAGGACGACACGUCAGACCCCACCUACACCAGCGCCCUGGGAGGGAAGAUCCCUAUCCGAUGGACAGCCCCUGAAGCCAUCCAGUACAGGAAGUUCACAUCCGCCAGUGAUGUCUGGAGCUAUGGCAUUGUCAUGUGGGAAGUCAUGUCCUAUGGAGAGAGACCUUACUGGGACAUGACCAAUCAAGACAGCCUCAUAGCAACCCUUAGAGAUCUGUGUCUCCCCCUGCAGGUGAUCAAUGCCAUAGAGCAGGACUACCGGCUGCCCCCUCCCAUGGACUGCCCAAGUGCCCUGCACCAGCUCAUGCUGGACUGCUGGCAGAAGGACCGUAACAACCGGCCCAAGUUCAGCCAGAUCGUCAACAACCUGGACAAGAUGAUCCGCAACCCCAACAGUCUGAAGGCCAUGACCCCUCUGUCAUCAGGUGUCCAUCUUCCUCUCCUGGACCGCAGUGUUCCAGACUUCUCCAGCUUCAGCACGGUGGACGAGUGGCUGGAUGCCAUCAAGAUGGGCCAGUACAAAGACAACUUUGCCAACGCUGACUUCACCAGCUUUGAUGUGGUUUCCCAGAUGACUAUGGAUGACAUCCUGAGCGUGGGUGUAACGUUAGCAGGCCACCAGAAGAAGAUCCUGAACAGUGUGCAAAUGAUGCGUGCCUCCAUGAACCAGAUCCAGUCUGUAGAAGUUUGACCAUCCAGAGUGGAGCAGAGGAGAGCAGAGCAGAGGAGAGGGGAUUGGGAUGCAGGGCUCUGGGUGCACGGAUGGAGUGGAUGUGUUUUUGCUUGAACCUGGCUUUCCUACCAGACUACCGUCCAUCCCCGGUCCCCCCUUCCAAUCCCUCUCCUGUCCUCCUCUAUGCCCUCAUCCAAAGUCCCCUCAACCUUCGGGAUCAGCUUUGGAAGGUUGUGGCCAGCAUGUCUAAAUGACCAGACGUCAAUCAACGUGGCUCACAACCGUCCAUCUUGGAACCAGGAUCAUGAGAGGUUACUGACCAGAGACACAUUUUUACUUCCAUCUUCCACCCAUGUUUUUGUUAUUUUUUACGUUGAACUUUUUUGUUUGUUUUAAGAAUUUAGUAAAGAAUUUAGUAAAUAAAAAAAAGUUGGGAAAAUUCAUGGAGUCAAUACAAGUAUAGACGGUAUACAAUUGUAAGCUAGGUGAACUGACUAGAAAGGCUACCCUUUCAAAAGGGCCACAGAGAAGAAGACGAUGAUGAAAACUGGGUGAUUUAAGACCAACAGUCUCAAAAUUAAUCUGAAAUAUUCUAUGUAAACUAGGUGAACUGACUUCAGAAAAUAAACUUAACUCUUUGCUGCCUUCCCGAAGGCAAACAACAGAAGAGUCUGAGGAACUUGAUCUAUUCCCCUAUCAUUGAUUUGGGACAUAAAAUAGGUGUGAGCACAAUGAAAUGGACCUCUUUUGGCAGAAACUACUGCCAUGAACAAAUUUCCGACAUUCAGUUAUCUACCAAUUCAAAGCAACAGUAGAAAUAAUUACAACAAAAAUACAUUUUCUCAUAUCAAGUCAUUUCGUUUUCUGUGUGAAAAUUGUGAUGAAGACUUUCUCUCACCAUGCUUCCUCUUACUGUGGGAAAAUUUAUAUUUUUUCAAUAUAAACAUAACCUGCCAAAUGGAACAUCCUCCCUAUGUACCUCAGAUGAUGUCAUGAUCCUGUACAUAUCAGAUGCACUUGACAUUGGGACUGUGAUGUGAUCACUAUGAGCCUGACAUAGUUACUAAUACCUGGAAGUGAUGGAUUUACAUUUUUCUUAAGGUGACUAUAGGGAGUUUUUAAUUUGUUGUUAUUGUGAUUCGAUUUUUUUUGCUAAAUGGUAGUUGUGGAUUUUGAAGAAUCAGUGUCAUAAACAGCAAACAUACAGUACUUCCUCCAUGGAUGUAUAGAAAAAAAGAACAUCAUAUGGGUGUUUUCCCUAUACUGUUUACAUGGGGAAGGAGUGCACAUAUGUUUUGGUCCUCACAUUAUCUUGAGGUUUCCCCGUGUUUUACAGCUUCCCCACGUGCAUGUGUGUUUGUUUGUGUGUGUGUGUGUGUGUGUGUGUGUGUGUUUGUUUGUGUGUGUGUGCGUGUGGCUAAAUGUGCUCUGUGGCACAAAGCAACGGCUCCCAAAGCUGAGGGGCUAGUGUUUGAUAGCAUGCUGAGUUAAUUAUUGAUUUCACAGAGCUUUGAUUUGUUACACUUUACAAAAUAUAAUGCGCUUACAUUAUAUUUAGCAUUUUUCUUCCAGAUUGUAUUCUUUUUUAAAUAAUUUUAUAUUGAAGUGUUAGGGUUUUAACACCACUGAUGGUUAUCUCACGUUGGUACGGUCACGGACAAAUAUUUUCACAACAGGGCAGUAACAUUAGCAUGGAAUAGUGGAUUAUUUUACGCAUAUUAUUAUUAUUAUUAUUAUUAUUAUUAUUAUUAUUAUUAUUAUUAUUGUACAUCAUGGAUGAUUGGGAGCACUUGUGACAGCUUUUCCAAGUAGUCUCUUGGAAGGGUAUGUGAACCCAGAUCAUACUGGACAAUGGACUUCAAACCCGAUGACUCUCUGGAUCUUCCAUGCUCUUUUGGAAUUUUAGGAAAUGAUUAUUAUGUUGGUGCACACAAAUUGUAGAUAACUGGAGUCCUUGAGACUUCUAUUUUCAUUUUAUAGAUACAUAUUGCAUUUACUGUAAGGCUUCUGUGAGAAACUGCCUGAUGAACGGAGAGCUGUCUGUCAUUGUCUUUGUUGUUGUGGCCGAUGUGUUGUUUGAGGUGUUAGGGAGCCUGAUGGGUCUGUGCUAGUCAAAACCCAUGGAUUCCCACAGAGAUGGUAAAACACAGAGUUUACAAACUAAGGCAAACGAUCAGUACUGCAGAGCUCCUAACGGGCAGAUCCACUUAGACAGGCCCAGUACUCGAUACAGACUGAGGAGCCAGACAUGGAGCUCCAGCUGGUCAGACAUGUCCAUACCUAGUGGGGGUCCACAGCCUGAUCACAGCCCCACUGGCCAGACAGUGGUUCCCUCCAUCUCUCCUCAGUGCUAAACACAUGCCUCAGAUCUACCACUCUUCUCCUCCCACUGUUCUCUGUUUUCUCAGAUCCAUUGCUUUGUGACUCUGCAUGUUGUCAUGUUGACAGACCAGGUCUGUUUAAAAAACAGACUGAAUUUAUGUAGAUAACACACAACCUGUGGGCCCCGUAUUGGUUUCACAGCAGGUGGCUAUGUAAGCAGAGGUUCUUCCACAAAAGGUCAUCCUUCCAUAUACAUUAUCAGGUGUUCGCUGUCCAUUUUGAGGCACUUUGCUGUCUGAGCAGAACAGGAGAGGUGUCCUAUAUAGGCCUUAGCAUUAGACCCCUAAACACAGAAUGAGUGAAAUCCCGCCUUUGCCCUCGUCAGUUAGUCCCCAUCUCAUACCACCCACUAACCCACAUGGCCAUCCAGAGUCUUAAUAAACGUGGGCAGGAGCAUUGAGGUUUUGAUCCAGCUUCUGUAACAUCAUCCUCCCUUUAGUUUUCUGUUGACAGUCCCGUGCGUCACCAUGCAUAUUCCAGUGCAGACUCCAUGACAGAUGAAACAGCAGGAAGUGCAUCACUCUCACUAUUAGUUACUGGCCAGAGUAAAAGGGGAAGCGAUUCUGUGACCCAACUGUCACUGAUGCCACCAUGCAGUUUCCUUUCAAAAAGAGCUCAAAAAGAACUUUCUUCCUUUCCAUUGCACAACACUUUAAUAUUUAAGGGCACCUCAGUGAUAUUCAGUAAAGCCCAGGCAGCCUGAGUCAGUCUUCCCAAGAUAUAGACAGAUAUCCCACUGUCAGAGCAAGCAGUGGCAAUUUCUGUUCAAGAAAGCAGGCCCAGCAGCACAGCAGUAGAAUUUGUGCUGAAGACGUGAUAGUCAUAGGAAGGUGAUUAAGGUGAUUAUCAAGUGAUUAAAAGAGCAGUGUGUAAACAAAGUGUGCUUCCACAUGUGACGUUCAAUCAAAAUACAGUACUAGGAAAUGUUGUUAUGAUGAGAUGAACUUAAACAUUCAGUAGUGGUGGACUCGUAUUUAGAGUGAUAGGAACAUAAAUAUAGGUAUUAAGAAAGUGGUUUUCUUUUAUUGAAUUACUCUUGGAAGGGUAGGUUUGGUGUGUUACUUCUGUUCAGAGAAGCUAGAUUCAUAAGGAGUUGAGUCAACACGUGUUUAUUGGUUGCACAGUGUGGGACCAUUGAGACUGCUGAAAGCACUGUGUAAAGUAUUUAUUUAUUCUGCCUCUGAACCUAAUGGCACAAAGAAACCCUGUUUAUAUACCGAUAGUUCAUCAAGAGCUAUCCUUUGCUAUUGGCCGCAUAAAAAGCUGUCAUCCCUCUUUCUUUUAUUUUGAAGACAUUUGUAGCAUCCUUUUAAGAACAGGACAGCUCAGUGGUACUGUUUCAUAGCCCAGACCUUCUGAUAAAACCCCUUGGCACAGAGUGCCUGUUGUAAUGGACCUAUAGUAAGUGAUUGAUCAAUCUGCUGUGAUUAUGAUGGGUUUAGUUCAGAAUAAAUUAUGCUCACAUUGAGAGGUUUAGACUUUGCUGUGUGAAUCCAUGAUGGUCAUUAUGCCACAAUAUCUCAUGUGAUGUCUCACUCGAUAGUUAUCUCUGGUGUACAAAUAAAGUUUUUAAAGUACCACCCUAAGUACUGUAAAUGGGUUACUUUACACAUAGAUGGCAUCAAGGACAUUUUUGCAUUGGUGAGAUUUUGCAGCUCGUUGAAGAUGAGUAUAAGCUAAAAUAUAAUUAAAACCGCACAUAUAGCUUUUUGUUGAAUUAUGGUGUUUUUUUUCUCCCCCAAGGCCACUGAAAUAACAGGUAUUUUAAAGACAGUAGAUUUACACUUCUUCAAACCACUUACCGAUGUUUCUGUUUCCAUUUUUCAUGAGUAGGAAAAUGUCUCAAACGUCUGCUUCAUUUAUGUAAAAAAAAAAAGACUAAAUAUAUACUGUAGUUGUAACAUUUUUACUGUGUGCUUCACAAACAUUUGGCUACCAUCAUUGCAUAUGAUUUAACAGUGCAGGGCAUCUCCUUCGUUCUCUCCUUUUUCAAUGGCCAGGCUCAUGAGACAGAUGGAGGAAUGAUGUCUAAGGUGCAUAAUAAUGUUUUAACAGCAUUGAGACCAGAAUACAUAUGUUUGUUACAGUAAGGCUCUUUGUUUGGAAUUUCAGAUAACUUGCUAGUAUUACAGAACUCUGUUUUGUACAUCUAAAACUCUUGCCUUUGUUUCAAUGGCUUGUAUCUGCAGAUACUGUUGAUGUUUCACUGUCAAUGUCAUGAUAAGUAAUACAUAACAAUCCCCCCUCUUUUAUUUAUGAAUCAAAACAAAACCAAUGUAUCUGAGAUGUUGAUUAAAUGCACUUUGGACGCAAAGAACAUUUUCCCUGCUGUGUGCCAAUUUUUGAAGGAUGGACGGAAACCGUUAUGUCUCAGUGUUAGAAUUACAUGACAUUGUGCAUAAACACAAGCUGUGCCGGCUCGUACUCGUUGGUCUGUGUUUGUGCACCAUCCAAAUAUGGCCCGAGCAGCAGUCUGCCUGCCCGCCUGUCUUUGUGGCAGUCAGUUCAGCGUGUAUAGAAAAUGGCUCCUGUGGAUAACUCUUUUACGUAAAGCGUCAGAGCUCCCUCUGCUGACACUGUGGCUAAUAGCAGUCUAGUUGUGACAGAUUUCCUUAUGUUCCUUGCGUUGUCUUAUCCCCCCUCUUCCCCCUUCCUCCCCCAUCUCCCCACCUCUCUAGCUGUUGGUGAAGACAGGCUGAGAAUGGGCCUGUCUCUCUUGGCCUGUUGUAGCCCUCGUAGACCAGUGCCGGCCCUGACCACUGUGACUGAUGUGGGAGGUCCUGUAUUUCUGUAUAAAUGUACAUUGACUGUAAUCCUGUGAAUGAUGUAACAAUUUCAUUAUUUGUAAUAUUGUUAUUGGUUUUAUUUUCUAAAAAUGGAAAGCCCAACUCGACUCUCCUCAAUAAAAAAUGAGAUCUGUUAUA